AUGCACAGAAGACAGCAACCGCGUCAACACACCAAGAUUGAAUUUGUCCUGGGUGGAAUUGCCACCUCCGGUGCUGGUUUUUUUACCAAUCCUCUUGAAGUAGUCAAGACCCGAAUGCAGCUUCAAGGUGAGUUGAAAGCAAAGGGCCAGUAUACUGUUCACUACCGCCAUGUCUUCCAUGCCUUUUAUACCAUUGCCCGCAACGAUGGCAUCAAAGCACUGCAAAAAGGACUUGUACCGGCAUUAUGGUAUCAAUUCUUUAUGAAUGGAGUUCGUUUAGGGACUUUCCAAGCGUUUGAUAAUAUGGGAUUUACCCGCAACCGAGAUGGACAUGUCAGCUUUUCGAAGAGUGUUUGUGUCGGAGCCGUAGCUGGUUGUAUUGGAGCAAUUGUUGGCAGCCCAUUCUAUAUGUUAAAAACGCAACUCCAGGCGCAGGCUGUUGAGGUCAUUGCUGUUGGCCACCAGCAUAAUUAUGUAGGCAUGAUGAAGGGUCUAUCAAGCAUUUACCAAGAUUUUGGCUUGAUAGGUCUAUGGCGAGGGGUCAGUGGUGCUGUCCCCCGGGUCACCAUAGGCUCAGCUAUUCAGUUGUCAUCUUUUUCCACAGCCAAAGAAGUAAUCAUUGAUUUGCAGAUUUUUCAGCCAAAUAGUUGGCUGAAUGCAUUAUUUGCAAGCAUGCUUAGUGGUAUAUUAGUCACCUUGUUCAUGACUCCUUUUGAUGUGGUUUCAACUCGUCUUUACAACCAAGGGAUCAAAAGGAAAAAAAUAAAACUCAAAACUUCAAACAUGUCUACGGCAGGGUUAGUUUUGCCUUUACAUCUUCCGUCAAAUUUUGUUGUUUUCCUCUUUACUUCUUGUUUCCUACCUUUCUUUUGUUCUUCUCAUUUUCUCCCCUGGCUCAUCUCACUUGCCACCUACCUUUCCUCCUUCACCCUCACUCUCUCCUCUCCUUCUCAUCUCAUUUUUUCCUAA